GGAAAGGUGUGGUGUGCCUUAAACUAUCUGGCAAUAUAGCGCUUAUGCAAAACAAAUCCAUAAAGCUCAGAAGAAAAACCAAACAACCGGAUAUGGUCUACUACAUUGUGUGCGAUUCAGUACUUGGGGAGAUGCAGCUUCUCAAAUGGCACGGGCAGCUUAUCCUGCUAAACUUCCUGAUGUUCAUGUCGUGGCGACCGUGUCGGGGACUGAACGUUCCCAGUUAUGAUUCCAACUAUCGGGCAAAUCCUACCCGCCGAUCGGCUGUCUUCGCUCAACCAUCGUCCUACUACGACCAGUACGCAGCGGCCGGCCCGAAACCGCUCACCGCCGAUCAGCGUCGGGCGAAGCUGACCGCCCUCUCGAAUCCGGACUUUUACUUCCCCGCCGAUCCGGAGGCGGAUCUAGCGGAAGCGAACGAACCCGCACCGGCGCUCGAGCGACAGCGACCCCGACCGGCACCGGCCGCCGGCAGCUUCUCCUACAACGAGAAGGAUAAAAAUGGACCCUCGCACUGGUACCGGGUGGAUGCGCGGUGCGGUGGCCGCUACCAAAGCCCCAUCCUGCUCAACACGAGCAGCGCCCUGCUGGUGAACCGCAAGCGACCGCUCCGGCUCGACGGGCAGACCAACCUGCCGCAAACGAUACUGCUACAGAACGAUGGCCAUUCGGCCAAGUUUACGUACAACUGGCGCACCGGCGCUGAUCGGCCGGUGCUGCGCGGGGGCCCACUGAAAACCAAGUACCUGUUCGAUCAGUUCCACUUUCACUGGGGCGUCAACAGUACGGUUGGGUCGGAGCACGUGUACGACUACCAGCGGUACCCGAUGGAGAUCCACCUGGUGUUCUACAACGGGCUGUACGAAUCGUUCGCGGCGGCCCGCGAACAGGUCGACGGCAUUGCGGUGGUCGGGCUGUUCUACGAGAUCUACGACCAUUCGGUGGACGAGCAGCUGAACACCUGGACCCGGUUCCUGCGCAACGUCGUCGAGCCGAACAGCCAGUACACGAUCGAGUUCAUCGACACGUUCCCGCUGUACGAGGUGAUCGGGGAUGUCGAGUGGCCGUACUUUUCGUACGAGGGCAGCCUGACGACACCGCCCUGCCUGGAGACGGUGACGUGGAUCGUGGCGACCAAGCCGCUGCUCGUGACGGAGAAGGAGAUGAAGCAGUUCCGCCGGCUCCAGUCGCCGACCGGGCUGAUGGUGAACAACUAUCGCCCCGUGCAGAAGCUGAACCAUCGCCGGGUGUUCCUGUACUGAGAGAUGGUGAUGGUGGUGUUGGUGCAAUUUGACUGAGAGCUGUGCGGGAAUGGGAACGCACACACACAGCCGCAGACCCCGCUAGCUCCUCCGUAGCGAUGAAUACCAAAGGAAAACUGUGCUAGAGUUUAAGGACUUUUUCUUACCUGACAUUUCGCUCCCAACUGCAAACGCGAGCGCGCAGCGUGUGUAGUGGGCAAAGUAUUAUACAUUAGUGAAAUACAUUAUUUGUUUUUAUCCAGUGCAUUACGAUCAGUGGUGGUAGAUGUGUAUUGUUUGUAAAGAAAACACAUCUGCUGGGUGGCUUCCGAAUAGUAGGCGGCUGCAGCCUGGAGUUGGACACAUUCGAUGACGGAGUAUCAUUGGCUGAUCAUGCCAUCUGUGCAACGAUGUUCUCCUGGGUUAGUUUCCAAUGUAAACAGUAUUAUUCAGCGCUUGCCAGAUGUUUUUUCCCCACAGUACAGCAGCAUAAAUAUACGACAACUGUUAAAAAAAGGCAUCUCGCAAGUGUUAAAUAAUGCUGUUAAUGCCCCGGUAAACAAUUUUAACAGAAUCAGCCUUCGUUAUGUCCCCGAGCCUUGCACAAUACGUAAUUGAGUGUAAAUGUUAUUUUAGACCGUCCUCAAAGACACGUAGAAGAAGGUGUUAGACCCACGUUCAGAUGGCAAGAUGAUAUGGAGGCGUCCACCAUUAAGCCCGCAAGACCAUGAGCGAUUUCGGAUCGCUCAUGAUCAAGUAAAUAAGUCAGAUUCUGUCUAAUAUAUACAUUUUUUUUAAUCUUAACUAAAGUCUAUACUUACACCGCUACC